GAGGUGACACUUGCCCAUUUCCUCCGAAACAGCAUCCGGUGAUUAUGUCUUCACAAUCACACUCUUUUUUACACCUCAACUAACCCUUUUUUUCAUUCAAUUUUGCUAUCAUAUUCGAACACCUAAACUCAAAAUCACUCAAUUUUGUACCUCUUGUUAGCAGUAAAGAUUACUAUUCUGAAAAAGGGAUGAUCUUGAAAACUUAUAUUUUCAUCAUUUUCACUACUCUUUUUCUUCACUGGGAAACCUCAGAAACUAAAUCUCGGGGCGAUAUUGGACAAGCCAGCCUGCCACCUAGGGGUUGGAACUCCUAUGACUCAUUUUGUUGGACCAUCACCGAGGAAGAGUUUCUUCAGAAUGCAGAACUUGUAGCACAACGAUUAAAACCUCAUGGUUAUGAGUAUGUUGUCGUGGACUUCCUUUGGUAUAGGAAGAAAACAAUAGGUGCUUAUACUGAUUCUUAUGGUUUUGAUGUCUUUGAUGAGUGGGGAAGGAUGGUUCCAGACCCUGGAAGAUGGCCAUCCUCUCAAGGUGGAAAAGGGUUUUCUGAAGUUGCGGGGAAGGUUCAUAGCAUGGGACUGAAAUUUGGGAUUCAUGUAAUGAGAGGUUUAAGUCUACAAGCAUUCAAUGCUAACACUCUCGUACUGGAUAGCACUACGGGGAAAGCUUUUGAGGAGGCUGGUCGACAAUGGCGUGCACAAGAUAUUGGAAUUAAGGAGAGGACUUGUGCAUGGAUGAAAAAUGGUUUCAUGAGUGUGAAUACCAAGUUGGGAGCUGGAAGAGCAUUCCUUAGGUCACUCUAUCAACAAUAUGCUGAUUGGGGUGUUGAUUUUGUGAAACUUGACUGUGUAUUCGGUGAUGACUUGGAUUUAGAUGAGAUAAUCGUAGUUUCAGAGGUAUUGAAUGAGCUUAGCCGACCUAUCAUAUAUUCCUUGUCCCCUGGAACUAAUGCAAAACCAAUCAUAGCGAAGGAAGUUAGUGGAUUGGUCAAUAUGUAUCGAGUAACUGGGGAUGACUGGGAUACUUGGGAAGAUGUCGCUGCUCAUUUCAACGUUGCGAGGGACUUCACUGCUGCUAACUUAGUAGGAGUCAAGGGCCUGAAGGGGAAGUCGUGGCCUGACUUAGAUAUGCUACCACUUGGAUGGUUAACAGAAGCAGGUUCAAAUGAAGGCCCACACAGAUAUUGCAGGCUUAAUCUGGAUGAGCAACGUACUCAGGUGACUCUAUGGUCCAUGGUCAGGUCCCCUCUCAUCUUUGGUGGAGAUAUGAGAAAGCUUGAUGCUUCUACAUUCAGUCUUCUUACAAAUCCUACUCUGUUGGAGAUUAACUGGUUUAGCUCUAACAACAUGGAGUUUCAUUACGUGAAAGGCUCCUUAAGUUCAUCCGGAAAACAUAGCUUGAUUAACCAUACUGAGGAUAAAGAAAAAAUAAAUGUGUUGGAGACGCGAGUUUUGGCUCUAAGGAGCUGCAAAGAUGUAAAGGCAAAUGGCUGGUCUACUAAAGUUCUUGACAGUGUAGAGAAAGUGUGCUGGGAAGAGAACUCAAAUAAACGCCAGGCACCUUUUUGUCUAAACAAGAGAGAAGCACUUUCAGCAUCAGAAGGGGAGACGGUAUAUCAGCACCAAAAUCUCGGGAGACUUCACUUAUUCGUAACAGAGAGAACAGAACUUUGUUUUGGUGCAUCUUCAAAUAGAAAGCUUGCAGCUAAUGAGAUCAGCAGAGGUUCAUUUUCACGGUGCAGAUCACAUGCCAACCAGAUGUGGGAGAACUACAAUGGAACCCUCAUGAAUAGUUAUUCCGGUCUUUGUGCUAUCAUGGAUUUUGUCAGAGCUUCUUCUGGUGGAAUUAGGUCCUGGCUUGCUACUGGAAGGAGAGGAGAGAUCUACUUGGCUUUCUUCAAUUUGAACAACCAGGUGACAAAAAUGUCAGCGAAGCUAUCAGACAUAACGAACGCAAUUCAUGCUACAAGUUCAAAGUGCUCAGGCAGAGAAGUGUGGAGUGGCACAAAUCUUGGAGCCAUAAAAGACUCGAUAUCUAUGCCAGUAAACGCUCACGGAUGUGCGUUGUUUGUGUUGAACUGCACAUAAUGUUGAAUGCAACAAGGGAUGUUAUACAUCAACCACAUUGUAUAUUCAUCUUUUGUACUACUUCUGUUGAAUCCUUUACUGAUGAAAUGAAAUACCACUAUCCUUGUGUCUUA